GACAUUUGGUAGUAUUUACUUUGCCAUUCUGUGUGCUUCUUCCUCUUGCCCCUUCUUGGAAGUCCCUCUUCCCAAAAACCAGGUGCUCUAAUGGCUACAGGACACCUCCACUCUCUCUCUUCUUUCUCUCUCUACUCCAACCUCGUUUAACCCGCUCACAGAUUCAACUUAACACCACCAUCACCAUCUCUCCAUGGAUCCAAUAAAAAUCAAUAUAUCCUCAGUUCUUUCAUGGAUUCCUUUAAACCAUCCAUCACCCAAACACACUCUCCAAUCCAUUUCAUAUUGAAAAAAUAUUGAUCAGAACACAGCUUUUGUCCAUCAAUUCAAAAUGGGUAUUCACCAAUUCCACUGAAACCAACAAUCACACACUGAAACACACAGUUAAUUGGUCGAAAAUGGAGGAGAGAAACAUACUGUUCGGGAAGUACGAGAUGGGGAGGCUAUUAGGCAAAGGCACGUUCGCAAAAGUUUAUUAUGGAAAAGAAAUCAUUUCCGGCGAGAGCGUGGCGAUCAAGGUGAUCAAGAAGGAUCAGGUGAAGAAGGAGUGCAUGAUGGAGCAGAUCCAGAGAGAGAUCUCCGUCAUGAGGCUGGUCCGCCACCCCAACGUGGUGGAGCUGAGGGAAGUAAUGGCCACCAAGACCAAGAUCUUCGUGGUCAUGGAGUACGUCAGAGGCGGCGAGCUCUUCGCCAAGGUUGUCAGGGGCCGACUCAAGGAGGACUUAGCGCGCAAAUACUUCCAGCAGCUCAUUAGUGCUGUGGAUUACUGUCACAGCCGCGGUGUGUCACACCGCGACCUCAAACCGGAGAACCUCCUGGUUGAUGAAAACGAGAACCUCAAGGUCUCCGAUUUCGGGCUCACCGCCCUCCCCGAGCAGCAGCGUCAGGACGGGCUCCUACACACUCAGUGUGGGACCCCGGCCUACGUUGCUCCCGAAGUCCUAAAAAGGAAGGGCUACGAUGGAUCCAAAGUGGACAUAUGGUCUUGUGGAGUCAUACUAUAUGUCCUCCUUGCAGGGUUUCUUCCCUUUCAGGAUGAGAAUCUCAUGAACAUGUACAAGAAAAUCUUCCAGGGUGCCUAUGAUUGUCCUCCUUGGUUUUCUCCGGAGGCGAAACGGUUGAUAUCCAAGCUUUUGGUGGUGGAUUCCAACCGGAGGAUCACAAUUCCGGCCAUAAUGCGUGCGCCUUGGUUUAGAAAAGGCCUUUCGGCAUCCCUGAACACCUUUUCUAUUCAUGACAAGUUGGAAGAAAAGGAGGAAUUGUUGAAAUCGUCUUCGUCGUCGCCGGCAUUUUUCAAUGCGUUCGAGUUCAUUUCCUCGAUGUCGUCCGGGUUUGACUUGUCGAGCUUGUUCGAGAGUAAGAGGAAGACCGGGUCCAUGUUCACGUCGAGGUGCUCGGCCACGGCGAUCAUGGCGAGGAUCGAGAAGGCGGCGAAGGGGCUGAGUUUUGGGGUUGUGAAGGUGAGGGAUUUCAAGGUGAGGUUGCAUGGACCGUCGGAGGGCCGGAAAGGGAGGUUGGCGGUGACGGCGGAGGUGUACGAGGUGGCGCCGGAGGUCGCCGUCGUCGAAUUUUCCAAGUCCUCCGGAGACACUUUGGAAUAUGCCAAGUUCUGUGAAGAGGACGUUAGACCUGCCUUGAAAGAUAUUGUUUGGACAUGGCAAGGAGAAAAUGUGUGUAGCAAUGAUAGUAACGGUAACCAUAACGGUAAUGGUAAAGUUGACGGGACAACCAUGACAUAAGACAAAGCCUCAAAUUAAUCCUAGCUUUUUUUUAAAUUACAUGUUUGCCUUUUGUAGUUCCUUGUUUUUGAGUUUGUUUUAGUUUUGCAAAACGAUGGGUUAAUAUGAUUUGUAAAUGAUACAGUAUGUGAUAGUGAACAUGAAUUUGAUUACAAAGAUACAAAGUCUGAUGAGGAGUUAAUUUUUACACAA